UUAUGUCUGAAGACGCACAGAGGAGCAGCAGAAGACAUCUGAGAAGUGGCUGUGUGUGGAUUAUGUGUUUAUUAUUGUUCUCAGAAAGUCUCCUCCUCGUCCAGCAGUGCGCAUGCUCGCUCCACUGUCUCAGCCAGCGUCUGUCACUCAGCUGCUGCCUCGUUUUCUUGAAUUAGCUACAGACCCAUCGAACAAGCAGCAUGAGCUUCGCCACCGAGGAGAGGGGCCGGCCCAACACCCAGGACUACAGAGUGUUCUUCAAAAACCCAGAGGGGAAGUACAUCUCCCCUUUUCAUGACAUACCGAUCUACGCAGACAAAGCACAGAAUAUAUUUCAUGCUAUAGUGGAGGUUCCAAGAUGGACAAAUGCAAAAAUGGAGAUUGCCACCAAAGAUCCUUUGAAUCCACUGAAACAAGAUGUUAAAAAGGGGAACCUUCGUUACGUAGCUAAUGUGUUUCCUCACAAAGGUUACAUCUGGAAUUAUGGAGCUAUUCCGCAGACAUGGGAGGACCCCAACCACAAGGACAGCGACACUGGAUGCUGUGGAGACAAUGACCCUAUCGAUAUAUGUGACAUUGGAAAUAAGGUGUGUUCUCGAGGAGAGGUCAUCAAAGUGAAGGUGCUGGGAACCCUGGCUUUGAUCGAUGAGGGUGAAACUGACUGGAAGGUCAUUGUGAUCAAUACUGAGGACCCUGAAGCUGCCAGCUUUAACAAUAUUGACGAUGUUCGGCGGCUGAAGCCUGGAUACCUGGAGGCGACUGUCGACUGGUUCAGACGAUACAAAGUCCCAGAUGGAAAACCUGAGAAUCAGUUUGCUUUCAAUGGCGAGUUCAAAGACAGGGACUUUGCUAUUAAUACAGUGAGGAGCACGCAUGAGUUUUGGAAGGCACUGAUCACUAAGAAAACGAAUGCCAAUGAGAUAAGCUGCAUGAACACCACUGUCUCAUAUAGUCCUUUCUGCACCCCAGAGGUUGCAGAGGAUGUGGUUAAGUCUACGUGUGCUUUGGGAGCUGAAGAUCCGAUUCCAAGUUCAGUCGACCAGUGGUUCUACUAUGAGGAGUGAGAAAGCAAAGCCUUGAAAAGAAUGUGGAGUUGCAGCAUUUUUCUUUCUCUGGUGUCUUCAGUUCCAUUCUCUCGUUCUGUCAAUGCGGGAUUUAUUUAUUCAUUUAUUGCAUAGGGUCCCAGAAUUGCAAUCUUGGCAUAUCAGUAAUAAACCACACUUAAUCCGA